AUGAUACUUGGAAGUUAUAAUGUUUGCGUAAUCAGCGACUUGCACAUGCUUUUUGCAGCGUGGUUUUUGAUGAAUCGUCUCUUUACAUCCUAUUACGCAACGAGUUUUCAACGAAGUGAUGUGAAAGUUUUACGCGAUUUCAGUUGGAGUGCUAAAUUGGUCGGUGAUUGUGAUACAGCCUUGGAGAAUCUCAAACCUAUAGUUGUGCUUACAUUACAUUUUGUUGAAGGUGCUGUCAAAACAUACGAAUUUACUGAGGAAGAAGUAAUCGAAUUUUUCCCAAGUUCAUAA